AUGUGUUUCUCUGUGAAGAUCUUCAAGGAGAUUCUCCAUCCUCCUCAACCCACACCCUUUUUGGCUUCUUUUAGCAAGUGUCGGCAUAGGACAGAAGAGCAAGAGGAGGCUGUCUCCAAAGAUGUAAAAAAAGAAGCUGAAUCUAACGGAGAAAGAAAGUACAAGAGGAAGCUAGAGGAAGCGGUCACUGUCCCGAGAGAUUCUGGAGGCUCCUCUUCGUCUUCUGUUGCAGGAUUCACCGCUGUCAUCAGAAGUUCUUACAUAUCGCAACUGGUGAUCUUGAAAUCGUUUGCAAAUAUUCAUAUGCCGAGAACGAGCGCAACGUUCAAGAUACAUCAUCCGGAUGAGAAGAAGUGGUGGAGUGUGCGUUACUUGCCGAGGAGUGAUCCAUGCGUACCCGGUAGAUGGAGCCCAUACUUUUCUGCUGGUUGGGGUGUUUUGUUUAAGGAGUAUCCUUUAGCGAUUGGAGAUAUAUGCACAUUAACACUCAUCAAACCGGAGGAGAUGCUUCUCGUUGUCACAAAACCCUGUGAGGAGGACUCUCUACUUGGAAGUAAUUAA